AUGGAUUGGCCCUUUACUGUUGAACAGUGCAGGGCGUAUGCGUUAACGUAUCUCGUUCCCUUCGUCUACUCUUUGGAAGCGAUUUUCUAUCGAAGUGGAGUGCGUGUACAACAGUGGUUAAAGACAGCCAUCACUCCUAAUCUGAUCUAUGAAAAAAAUCACACAGUACGACAGUGUACCUUUUUGGAUCUUCCAAGUUAUACCGUAUACUCUGCAACGGGCUCUUUUUUUAUUCCAACUAUACUUAUGUUCUUCGUAUACUUCAAAAUUUAUCAAGCAUUUGCAAAGCAUCGCGCUCGUCAGAUUUAUCGUCAAAAGGUGAUCAGGAAGCACAUUGAAUCAACAAUUCUUCACGAAAUCAGUCAUGUCUUACCAACUUCUGAUGAGUUCGCCAAGGAAGACGAAGACGACACUGAUGAUUUAGGCGAAGGCUCUGGACAGACUGAAAAUGGUCUUCUGCAUGGAAACGACGUCAUAUUAGAAGAGUCUGAAGAGGAAUCCGAUGAAAAAGCGGAAGACGGUUUCUUUUGCACUAUGGCAAAUGUGAUAGAUGAGCAAAUCGAAUUCCUCAUCGGUGCUGUCGACAACGGUAUGAUUCCAAGAGCUAGAUAUAGAUGCCAAAAAACCCCUGUUUACAAUAGCCUUAAGGUUUCGUUUGUUGGAUUUUUCCACAUUAUAGCUCUUCUGUGA